AAACCCGAAGGCCACGGCUGAGCAAGUCUUCAUAUAAUUGAAAACAACUCGAUUUGGCCCCUCUCUCUCUUUUCUCUCUCUCUCAUUAAUAUCAUUUAGUGGACCGCGAGAGUCUCCGGAGAAGAAGAUUCGGUUCGGAAGUGGAGGAGCAAAUGGCGAAGCCCGGAGGUAUUAGCAACGUCGACGGCAAGGAGAACACCCUCGAGAUCGAGGGCCUCGCUCGUUUCGCCGUCGAGGAGCACAACAAGAAAGACAAUGCGAUGCUGCAGUAUGUGAAGGUCGUUAAGGCGAAGGAGCAGGUGGUUGCGGGCACCGUGUACUACAUCACCAUCGAAGCGAAGGAUGGCGAUGCCAAGAAGCUGUACGAGGCCAAGGUUUGGGUGAAGCCGUGGAUGAAUUUCAAGGAGGUCCAGGAAUUUAAGCUUGUCGAAGGUGCCCCCGGCGAGUCUAGCGCUUAGCUUCAGGUUUCAGGGCGACUGAAGAUAUACAUCUAGGCCUGCUUGCUGUUUUCCAGGAGGAACCAAAGAGAAAGGCACAUAAUAAAGUUGAAGGCGUUUCCAUGUUAGGAAAAUAAGCUGCUACUUUUUUUUCUGAAUUUGCUUGUAAGGGCAUAAGAAUGUUGCUACCGAUGUACUUAUUAUUAUGUUCGGUGUAGAUCUUGACACAUAAUUUAUAUUCUGUACGUCUGCUCUAUUUCUUACCUUUCAGUUUGGUGCUUUGACAAUGUGUUACGUAAAGCUGAAGUAAUUUCCUCUUAUUGUUCAAA